AUGCAAUUCAGUAAGAAGGGCAAGCUGAGUCUGAGGUUCAUUGGACCUUAUAAGAUCCUGGUAAGAAUCAGGCCGGUGGCUUAUCGGUUGGCACUCCCUCCAUCCUUAAAGGGUGUGCAUGACGUCUUCCACAUGCCCAUGUUGCGGAAGUACGUUCACGAUCUAAGUCAUGUUCUAUCAGAAGAGCCAUUGGAGCUCAUAACUGAUAUGUUUUACAAAGAGCAGCUCGAGAAGAUCUUGGACAGCAAGAUUGUUAACCUUCGCAACCGACCUAUUCACUAUGUGAACGUGAAAUGGUGUAACCAUCUUAAGGAGGAGGCAUCUUGGGAAGCAGAAGUAGAGAUGCGGGCGAAGAACCCUUCCUGGGUUUCUUAG